AUACCCCCAAGCGCAAAACCCGUAGUCACUCUGGCGACUUAAUCUCCGGACUGCCUGAGAAGACAACUGGUCGGAAGCGCACUAGUGAGACUUCUCCCCUACAUCUGGUGACUCGGGAAUAUCAGCUCUCCCGCCGAUGGUUCGUGUGCAAGGAGCACAAGCAAAGAGAAGGAAAACUGGUGACUUAUCUUCUGCUCCUAAAACAAAUGAAGCCUUAGGCACGAGCACCUCUGUCCUAAAGAUUGAUGAGGAGCAAGCGGCAACUCAUGAUAUUCCCGAUGUCCGGGAUGACUCGCCCGUAAUUUUGAAGGAAACUGCUGACAAGGUUAACCCGCCAAGCCCUCUCAAGUCGACCGAAGAUCCAGAUGAUGUUGUAGUCACCCGUACUGGCUACUCCACUCCUCUAGUUGCGGUACUGUCCAAGCAUAGCUCCAAGGAAUCUCGUCCUUCCCCUGAUAACGACACCAGUAAAUUCAAGCUCCCCCAUUAUGAGAAGCUGGAAUUUGACCAAGUUUGCUCUGGCUUCGUAAGUCACCUAGAGAGGGAUUAUGAGGUGAACAAAAGCUUGAUUCAUCUUAUGAAGGUUAAGCAUGAGGAGUCUAUGACCCAGACUGAGUCGGCUUUAGCCGACUUAAGGAAGAAUCUGGCUGAACAACAAGAUGCACAAUCUAAGUCGGGGAGGAAAUACCGCUUGAUUCUGGCUGAGCUGGAGAGGAUGAAGGCUGACCAUCAAAAACUGGAGAAGAAAGCCAAAGCUGACCUAGCCGCCAUCCUUAAGCGUGAUGAGCAAGCUGAGGAAAAAUUGGAAGCCGCCCAGCAAGAGCUUUCCGGCUUAAAAAAGCACAUUUCCGACAUGACUGUCGCUAUGAAGCAUUAACCAUUGCCUAUUGAAGAAAUAAUCUGGUCUCCCAAAAAACUAUCAAAUACUGAUGUGUCAUUUGUAGGUUCACGAGCCGCCAAUCUUCUAGACGACGACAUGCUGAAGCUAAAUGCUAUAUAUACUUUCACCGAGCAACUAUAUACCGGGAGCGUGCUGUAAAUAGAGGAACUUAAAAUAUCAGCUGCCCGAAAAGGAGUCCUGAACACCCUGAGUCGGUGUUUAGCCUAUGCCCCAG